ACAGUGGCCUGGUUCACUCGUUGCCCGCUACCUACCGUCAACUGAUGGUAGCCGAUUACUGUGCGUUAUCAUUUAAGUGUUGAUUUUAUAAAUGGAAUUGUGUUGCUCAAUUAUCGUCCAUUAGUGAUAAGAAGCUUAAUUAAAUUUGUAGGUUUUUAAAAUAGAUAUUAGUGUGAAUUCGUUGUCACUGUGAUGAGGUGAUCUGUGUUUAGUGCUACCGCUGUGUAAGUGAGACCUAGAAGUGUUUCGGAAUAUGUGGGGGGCGGCGGUAUCCAAUCCGCCGCAUUAUCAUUAUGUCCAAGGACCGGGCGGACCUAUGCCUCAGGGUGGACCGAAUGGUCCCAUGCUACUGGGGCCAAAUGGUUCCAUGAUGGCGGGCCCUAACGGACCAAUCUUAGGUCCUAGACAUUUGAGACCGCAAUCCUCAUACUCUCUACCUCAUGGUAGCAAUGGGCCUGGUCGGUGGGGUUGGUCGGGCAGUCACGCCUCGUCCUUCGACCGCAGGCAGCUAAAAGUGCCUCCUCAACCAGCUAGACCAGCUCCCGUGCGCCCCGCUCAGGCUAGGCAAGGAACUGCUAACAAUAAGGUCGAUCCCGAGCUGAUCUUCACGAAACAAGAGAAGAUCGGCAAGGGUUCGUUCGGUGAGGUGUUCAAAGGGGUGGACAAUAGGACACAGCAAGUCGUCGCCAUAAAGAUAAUUGACUUGGAAGAAGCUGAAGAUGAAAUCGAAGAUAUACAGCAAGAAAUCAUGGUGCUGUCGCAGUGCGAUAGCCCGUACGUCACUAAAUAUUAUGGAUCCUACUUAAAGGGAACGAAACUAUGGAUAAUAAUGGAAUAUCUCGGCGGCGGGUCGGCGCUAGACCUGAUGAAGGCGGGCAGCUUCGAGGAGAUGCACAUAGCGGUGAUCCUGCGCGAAGUGCUGCGGGGGCUCGACUACUUGCACUCGGAGCGCAAGCUGCAUCGGGACAUCAAGGCGGCCAACGUGCUGCUCAGCGAGAUGGGCGAUGUCAAACUGGCCGACUUCGGUGUCGCUGGCCAAUUAACCAACACAACCAGCAAGCGGAACACAUUCGUGGGCACGCCCUUCUGGAUGGCGCCCGAGGUCAUCAAGCAAUCCUGCUACGACAGCAAGGCUGACAUUUGGUCUCUCGGCAUCACCGCUAUAGAGCUAGCUAAAGGCGAACCGCCCAAUUCCGAGCUUCACCCCAUGAGGGUACUCUUCCUCAUACCCAAAAACAAUCCGCCGCAGCUGACCGGGAGCUACUCCAAGUCGUUUAAGGAGUUCGUCGAAGCGUGCCUCAAUAAGGACCCGGAAAAUAGGCCGACGGCAAAAGAGUUAUUAAAGUUCCAGUUCAUCAGAAAGGCGAAGAAGAACUCGUAUCUAAUGGACCUUAUAGAUAGGUAUAAGAAGUGGAAAGCGCAGCGGAGCGAAGAGAGCGAGACCGAAUCGGAAAAUUCAGAUUCAGAGGAGAGCCGCGCGGGGUCGGGCGAGGCGGACGAGCCGUGGAUCAUGACGGUGCGCGGCGGCGCGGCGGCGCGCGGCCUGCCCCUGCCCCUGCAGCACCAGCACCAGCACCCCGACACCGACAACAAGCGCCGCCUCGCCGCCCUCGACACCCGGGAGAACCCGAUUCCGUCGCCAACGGUGGUGGCAGCGCCCAAACAGAAUGGCGCGUCGCCCGCGCGCGAUGAGGAUGUCAAGCCCAUCAACAACAACUCCACUGAUAAGCAGCCACCUCGACAGUCUCCAGUAGCCGUGGCCGUGACGGAGCCGCGCGCGGCCAAGGAGCGAGACCGCAACGAGCGAGACCGCGACCGCGGAGACCGCAACGAGCGAGACCGCAACGAGCGAGACCGCAACGAGCGAGACCGCAACGAGCGAGACCGCAACGACCGGGACCGCGAUCGAGACCGCCCCGAGCGCACGGACCUGGAGCCCGCGCAGCGCGACCAUCUAGCCUACAACAAAGCUGUUUUGGACCACAGAGGAGCGAAUAGCGAAGAAAAAGUCAAAAAACAUCAGGCAUAUUUGCACCAGCUUAUUUAUCCGCUACUAAACGAGUUAUCGCGAAAGCAUGGUGCCGGCAGUGUAGCGGCUAUUGAGGAGCUGCGCCGAGCCUUCGAGCAGGCCGAGCGCAGUGCGCCGCAUCUCACGCGCGCUUUCGUGCAGCAGGUGGUGCAGAGGGUGGCCACGCAGUCGCAUGCGCCCGCGCCGUCGCACCACAACACGCAGCAGUGGAUGAGGUAGGUAAGGGAUCUAUAAUACACCGCCGGGGCCGGAGCCGCGUCGUGCCGCGGAGCAGGCGUGCGCGGCGUGGCGGCCGCCGGCGCGGGUGUGCACGUGCACUGCGCGCUCGUCUUCCACCUCACCGGCACGUGGCCUCACCUCAGCCGCAAGAGAUGCCGCCCCGGCCCGGAUACUGUGUGGCGUGCGUUAUAUGUGGCUAGCUAGCGAGCGGAGCCUCCCUUCGUGUCCCUCCGUUUAUGUUCGGCAGGUCGAGUGCGGUCGGUCCGGGGCUGCCGCGCUCGAGGUCGACUUUCGGUUUCCGUUUCGAUUCCUAGUGCGGCUGUUCCCCGUUCAUAUUGUCUCGUCCCCGUUUUCUCUGUUGGUCGUCGACGGCGGGGCGCACGUGUUAGUUUCGGUCGCGGGUCGUCUGUGCGGGGGUCGGUAUGACUUGCGCGGGCGGCCGCCGGGUGCGCGGGUCCGUUUGGCGUCGGCCCUGUGACCUGUAGGUAUUCGCGGGGGGCCAAUUUGACACACUUCGCCAAUAUUUUGCCAUAAUUUUCUAAAUUAAUAUAUUUUUUACUAACGCGAGUCGAUUUUUGUGGAAACCGAUCGUUCGCGGUCGGUCGUCGAAAUUCUAACAUAUUUAUAUACUUUAGGAGUAAUGUUUCUAAUCUCGGUGUAGAUCGUUUCCUUAGUCUCAUUCCAGACGAAAGACGACGUCGUCAGCAUUUAUAGUUUACGUUCGAGCUCGCGAAUCGAGUUCCGAUUCUUCCCGUGUACUCGAUGCGUCUCAUCGUUUCCUCGAAAACGGUUAUUGAAAUUCGGUAGUUUAGUUUUGAAAGUUAGCUCUUAGUUGUGUACUCGGUUACUUAACGAUUUGGGAUAAAUAGCGUCUAAUAUGGUGUUCAAAAGUGCGUAGAACCUCUCGCGGCCACGGCGGGCGCGGCGCCGAGAGUAUUUUGUGGAAUAAAGUAUUCGGACACCAAUGACCAUGCGGUGUCGACAUAAAAAUGUAAAAAAAAUGCUUAAUAUGCGACAAUAUUUAGCGAUCGGGAGUAAAUAGAAUAUAUAAUGAAGACUACAAAACAAUUAUUAUCGCUGUGUAAAAAUGUAAACCUACGAAUAAUGUGUAAAUUGUGUAGUAUAAUAUAAAGAAAGCUGUUUUAUGAAGUGUUCUUAUAAGCAUACGGAGAGUAGUUAAUGUCUUUCCAAUGACUACUGCGAGCGGCAGCGCGGUCCCAGGCCUCUGGGUACACAUACUCCGGCAAAACAGGGCCGUAGAGCGAAAAAUAGAAAUUUGUAUGGGAAGAAUGAUCUUUUGUGCGUACAUUUUUCAAAUUGGGCGCUUUUUUAUACUGAUAAAAAUGUUUUGCCAGAGUGUAGUCACCAAUAGUAUAUAUCUGUCCAUUUGGCAUUGUGUAUGAAGGAUUUAGGUCCGGUCCCCGCCGCCGCUCGCGUCGCCUUGUAUAAUUUUGUUUUGCCAUGUGAGUACGAGACGAGCAUGGAUCGCGUUGGUUUCGACGACGGAGGAUCAAAAAUUAUUUUUCCACUUGAUUGUAUAAUGGUAAAGCGUGUAGUGUUAGAGUUGGGCGAUAAUUGUUGAUUAUUGAUUAAAUUAGAUGUUCUUGGGAUCGUAGUGCUGGCGCGGCUGACAUCUACAUAAAUAGGGAAGCGAGGGCGCUCAGCGAAAGACGGCGAGUUGAAGGCUCAGGUCGACCAGAAUUUACACUCUCUGAUUAGUGAUUACACGAAUACCGUACUCUGAAAUUGCAUGAAGUGGUUCGACGGAGAACUCAGCUCACCUACGAACGAGCGAGCAAUAGAAACUGUUUGAACCUCGUUUCAUGAAGGAUGAACUUGGAAUUUAGACGGAGACUUAUUGUAAACACUUUGCUAACUUCGUUUUUGUAAAAAUCUUUCACGAAACGAGGUUAAAAGUUUCGUUAUAGUCGCUAAAGCCUCGCCCGGUCCCUAAGCCAUUAGCGGAGUGUAGUUAUUGUUAAAAGGUUGCAGAAAGAUCGCGUUCGGUUCAUGGGUAUUUGUGAUCAUUAUUGCAUAGUUAAUAUAAUAAAAUCUACAUUAUUAUAGUAUUAUGAAAAUUCUGUAAUAAAACCGGUAGUAUUUAACUGUGUAGUCGCGCCGCGUCGCGACCUGUCACGUGUGUAACCACCUUUAAGAUGAGCAACUGGCGAUGUUUCUAAUCUUUAAAUUAUUUUGCUUUUUUAUUAUGUAAGUACGAGAUAAAUAAUGAAAUAGUCGCUGCUGUGUUGUUAUUUCCAAUUUAAACAUUGACUUCCGAUGAUGAGUUGUUACGAAGUUAAAAGUCAAGUUGCAUUGGUUUUUCGGAGAUGUGUAAAGGUGGUGCCACAUGACGUGUCGCGCGCGGCGCCGCCCUCCAUUCUCGCACCAAGUUCCGCGCGGCGGUACCAUUAGUGUAAUGGUCAAUUAAUGUUACUGCGCCUGUCAUUCUAACACGUUUAUGUAGGAAACAAAUUUGACUCUGAAAAUAAAAGAAGUUAUUUAAUUUUGGAA